AUUCUAUAUAAACAUUUAUUGCAGCAAAGCAAGCAAGCCCAGCAAAGCAAAGCAAAGCAAAGCAAAGCAAAGCAAACCAAAACCAAAGCAAAACGAAACGAAACUUCUUUUCUUGUUUGAACGCUGAUUCUGAUUUCUGUCCGAAGCUCUUAACCCAAUUCUCAGACUAUGGAUGAAGAUUUAAGCGAAAAGGAGUCGUUGCUGUCUCGCAUUCAGCAGGUGGAACAUGAGCGUGAUGAAUUACGUAAAGACAUCGAACAAUUGUGUAUGCAGCAAGCUGGGCCAGGCUACCUUGUUGUGGCUACUAAGAUGCAUUUUCAAAGGACAGCUGGCUUGGAGCAGGAGAUUGAGAACCUGAAAAAGAAGCUAGCUACUUGCUCAAGAGAGAACGUGAAUCUUCAAGAGGAGCUCUCUGAGGCUUAUAGAAUCAAAGGCCAGUUGGCUGAUUUGCAUAAUGCAGAGGUUGCAAAGAAUUUGGAAGCUGAGAAGCAGCUUAAAUUUUUCCAGGGCUGUGUAGCUGCAGCUUUUGCCGAACGGGAUCAGUCCAUAAUGGAGGCUGAGACGGCUAGGGAGAAAGAGGAGCUCAUGUCAAAGAAAUUGAGUGAGAUAGAGAAGAGGUUAGAAGAGCAUACUGCAGAUUGUUUUGAACAGAAGAAACUUAAUGAUAAAUUUCAAACUGAUUUAGCAAUGCAAGAGGAGCAGAAUGCAACUUUUAAGAAGGUCAUCGAUAAGUUUUAUGAGAUCAGGCAGGAUUCUUUGGAGGGAUUUGGGGAUACAAGUUGGGACACCAAAUGUGCAUGCCUUUUGGAUGAUCCUGCAGAAUGGUGGAGUUUCAAUGACACUUCUACAUCAAAAUAUAUUAGUUCAUUAGAAGAAGAGCUCGAGAGGGUGAGGAUCUCUGCUGGUAAUCUUCAAAACAGGCUACGAGUGGGUUUGGAAAUUGAAAAUCAUUUAAAGAGGAGGGUUUCGGAAUUGGAAAAGAAGAAAAUCCGUUCAGAUGGAAUGAUAAAAAAGGAGAUGGCAGAGUUACAUCAUCACCAUUCUCAGCAAAAAGUUCACAUCAUGAGUUUACUUAAUGAGGGAAGCAGUUGUAUCAAAUCAAUAAUUGAUGCAGUGGAGAAAAAGUGUAGGCAAAUUGAUGCAAGCAGACUACAAAAGUUGGAGCCACAUAUGGGAGAUGUAAAGCAAGGCGAAUCUGAAUGUCAAGAUGUACAUGAAAUUACAGAUGCUGAUCCCCAAGUGGUAUUUAAGGAUGGUGACCCUAGCUUAUCAGACAUGGUGGCAGUUGGGGAGGGUGAUUUCUCUAGAGCCCGUGCACAGGCACUGCAAGACAAGGUGUUCUGCAAAGAUGGUGACCCUAGCUUAUCAGAUAUGGUUUCAGUUGGGGAGGGUGAUUCCUCUAAAGCCCUUGCACAGGCACUGGAAGACAAGGUUGCAACGUUAUUGCUUUUAUCACAGCAGGAAGAAAGACAUUUACUGGACAGAAAUGUGAAUGCAGCUCUUCAAAGUAAAAUAGAUGAGCUUCAGAGAAACCUAUUGCAGGUUACCAAUGAGAAGGUCCAAGCUCUAAUGGAGAUGGCACAAUUAAAGCAGGAAUAUCAUCAACUCAAAGAGAGAAUGGGUCAGGAGACGAAAGGAGGCAAUUCAUCUGCUCAAGUUGGGGACAGGAGAGUAGUUACACAUGAAAGAGGUGGAAAACUAAAGAGCUUGCUGAAGAAAACAUACUUGAGCCGUUGGGUUGGAAAUCUAGACCUUAGGGGAAAUGAAGCUGAAUCUGACCUAAAUAGCAUGGAGUUUGUGAGGAUGAAGAUUGAAAAUGCGACCCUUAGGGAAACCAUUGGAAGUAUCGAACAUCUGACUACUACAGUUCAUAGGCUUCGUCUAUCGCUUUUAAAGGCCAAGGAGAUGGUGACUUCUGGAGACUCGAUGCUUACUAGCAUGUUAGAAACUCUAGACAACAUUAUUAACGAGGCAAAACUAGUGAAGACUGCACUUGGAAGUUCCCUACCACUUAGUUGGUCAGCAGAAGCAGAUGUGGAAUUCAGCGGUCAUAGUGUUAGCAGUGAGCCUGGUAUCGUAUAUUGGGAGCCCAGCCAUGAGAAGAUAGAUUCAGUUUAUGCUGUGGGGUUUGAGAUGGUGGAACUCCUGAUAUUAGCAUCGCAGAUAUUAAAGGACAACACAAGCAAAAGUGGGUCCUGAGAUGGAAGCUCUAGCUAGCUAAUUGUUCGAAAUGGUGUUUUGAUGCUAAAGCAUAACUGGUUGCUCACAAAUUUAUUUUAGGAAAAGUGCUAUCAAGAAUGGAAUGAAAUCAUGAUUAUUUACGGAGUAGAGCAGAUAUCUACAGCACAUGGAGGUAAAAAUGAAAAUCUCACAGUAGAGGGCUAAGCAACAGAAUGUGCGGUAUCUUGUCAUUGUACAUUUGUCACUGAUUAUUGUCCAGUUGAUAUGCCACAGAGACCAGGGAUUUCAAGUUCGUAACCCCCUUAGAAGUCGGGCAUAUUUUAGAUGUAUUAACUCAUUAUUCAUGUGCAGAGUUUGUCUAACAAAAGCUGAACCAAGUGCAAUCUUUUCUCAAGUUUGUUUGAUAUUUGCUUCAUGGUAUAAUAGUUCUUUUGUAUAUUAACCAA